AGGGUUAUCUAGAUUGAAACACAACACUAAAAUCCGUCAGUUAGCAGUUUUUCAAAAAUUAUUAUACAUCUACUCUAUCCCAUUUUCUCGGCAUUCAACGCGAUUCGCUAUCCAUUUUAUAAACCUUCGAAGAAAUAUGUCGGCGUCCUUGUUAAAGGUUGCACUUCUUUCGAAGUAUAUUAGUCCUAUGCUAAGGACUCUUUCAACCUCGCCAUCCCACUGCAAAAGUAUUCCAGGAUCGGUCUGGAAGCUGGGAAGGCUGAAUCACAUUGCUAUAGCUGUACCAGACAUGGAAAAAGCAACAGCUCUUUACAGAGAUGUGCUUGGGGCUCAGGUCAGCAACAAAGUUCCUCUUCCUGAGCACGGCGUCUACACUGUCUUUGUGGAGCUUGGUAACACCAAGCUGGAACUGCUGCACCCACUUGGUGAGAAGAGCCCCAUAGCAGGCUUCCUACAGAAGAACAAAUCUGGUGGGAUGCACCAUAUCUGCAUUGAGGUUGAUGAUAUCAAUGCAGCAAUAGUGGAUCUGAAGGCUAGGAACAUAAGAACCCUGUCAGCUGAACCAAGGAUAGGUGCUCAUGGGAAGCCUGUCAUGUUCCUUCACCCAAAAGACUGUGAUGGAGUGCUUGUGGAACUGGAGCAAGCAUGAUUACCCAAAGGUCUCAAACAUAGUAGUUAACAAUUAGCCGGUAUGAAAAUACAUUUAUUGCCCCCUUUCCAACAAUUGUAGAACAUUAGUAAAUGUAGAUUUUUAUAUUACACCAGUGGUUAGUUGUUCUCAAAGGUUAUCCCCCUAGAUUUCACCUGUUGAAUAGAUAGAAAUGUGCAAAAAUAGAAUCAUAGGACUCUACAUUCAAGUCAAUAAUUUAUAUGUUCUAUUCAUGAUAUUUCUAUAUAUUUAAUCCUAUCCCACAGUUGAAAACUGGGCCUUUAGGGAGUUAAGGAUAAAAAAAUCAAUAUUUGUUUUUAGUACUCUUUUACCAGUAAGAACACAUUACCACAAUGAUCUGGGAGCAACUAGGGUGUACUGCCCUGCAGCCCCCAAUAUAAUAUAUGUUCCACAUCAAAAACCUUUGGCCAGUUAUUGAAAAGUUACUAUUUGUUUUAUGUAUACCUGCCUUAACUGUCUAUUUUCUUUUUUUCUGAAUAAAUUCUAUGAAUUGUUAACUGUGUAAGCACUGUAUGAUGUGUAAAUUAAAAAUGUAUUAAUU